CCCGACGCCUUCAUAUACCUCCGGUUUGAAGCCUUCGUUGUACGACGACGAACGGUCCCCAAAGUAGUUCAUUGCCGGGUUUUGUUGUGUCACGGCACAGCUAGCAAGAGCCAACACUUCCGGAUAACGAAAUCCGGGGAUACUCACUCAUCUGGGAAUCUCAUCUGACGACAGGUAAACUCUCUUGAGCGGGUAUUUUGACGACCGAGCAAGACAAGACAACAUCAGACAAAAACGAACCAGACCAAGAGACUAGAUUAUUUGUGAAAAGACAUUCAACAUGGGUUCCGAAGAGCAUCAAAAGCCCAAGAUCUUGUUGCUGGGCACUAUUGAGCAUGCCCACGACGCCUGGUCCCGCAUCACCUCAAUCGCCGACAUCAUCCAACCCACCUCCACAGACCGCACCUCCUUCCUCUCCGAAUGCGCCUCGGGCGCCUUCUCCUCCUGCCUCCUCGCCUACCGGACCUUUGACUCCACCACCCUCACCGGGCCCCUAGACCAAGACCUCAUCUCCGCUCUACCCUCCUCCAUCAAAUACAUCUGCCACGUCGGCGCCGGUUACGAUGCCAUUUCCAUCCCCGCCUGCACCGCGCGCGGCAUCCGGGUGUCCAACACCCCCGGCGCUGUAGACGAGGCCACGGCCGAUUGUGCUCUAUUUCUUUUGUUGGGGGCCAUGCGGAAUUUCAAUGCGGGCAUGACGGCUCUUCGCCGGAAUGAAUGGCGAGGGGGCACCGAGGACCAAGUCAAAGAAGAAGAAGAAGAAGAAAAAAAGACAACAAAGAAGACGAUCAAGAUGCCACCGCUGGGAAGGGAUCCCAGGGGCAAGACACUGGGGAUCUUGGGCAUGGGAGGGAUUGGCAAGUGUUUGGCGCGCAAGGUGGCGGGGGCGUUUGGGAUGAAGGUGCAAUAUCUGAAUCGAAGGAGGGAUUGGGAGGGGGAGAAAGAGUUGAGGGAGCAAGGCUCUCCGAGGGUGGAAGUUGAGUGGGUUGAGACCAUGGAGGAACUUUUGGGGACGAGUGAUGUUUUGAGUUUGAAUUUGCCGCUUAAUGCCGAAACGAGACAUAUCAUUUCCACCAAAGAAUUCGCCAUGAUGAAGCCGGGGAUAGUCAUCAUCAACACUGCUCGCGGAGCGGUGAUGGACGAGGCGGCGCUGGUGGAAGCGCUGGAGUCUGGACAGGUGCAAUCGGUUGGCUUGGACGUGUAUGAGAACGAGCCGGAGAUUCACCCUGGCUUACUGGCGAAUCCGAACGUCAUGCUGGUGCCGCACAUGGGGACAUGGACGGUCGAAACGGAGACCAAGAUGGAGGAGUGGGCGAUUAGUAACGUACAGAUGGCGAUUGAGGAAGGGAAGUUGAGGAGUAUUGUGCCGGAGCAGAGGAACAUGCAAUGAGUAGUUGUUAUGUGUAGGAAAUGGCUCGUUAGUCAAGUCAACUCAAGUUAAAUGCAACACAUCAAAGACAAAGUUCACACUACCGUCUGUCAGCAGGGGUAU